CAUUCUCGUCAUCAACAACAAUAAACAUUUAAGCCACUAUAACAACAACAACAACAACAACCAGUCUCCUUGUGCUAGUCGCUAUCAGCAUUUUCUCUAUCAUCCAAAACAAAGCCAAUUCAAAUUAAUUAACAAUAUGAAUACGCAAUCCAAAGGAUAUCGCACGGGCGAAGAAAUUUACGAUAAUAUGCAGUGCUUUGACAUUACUGCCAUACGCAACUUGAACUUGAACAUACCUACAACUUUUCCGACCAUUGGCACCUUUACGUUGGACUCCACCACGUUGGGUUUGCAGCCGUCACAUGGACCGCCAGCAACGGCCGUACAAUUGGCCAUGGCACCGCAGCAACAGAGCAUGCAUCAUCAUCAACAGCAUAUGCAACAACAGCAGCAACAGCAACAUCAUCAGCAGCAGCAGCAACAUCAACAACAACAACAGCAGCAGCAACAACAACAACAUCCCACCAUUGGAAUGUUCGAUGCUAACGAUGUCAACGAUAUCAUUCAGAAUCCACCACAAAUUGGCGUCUUUCAGUCGAACAGCGUGUUGAAUAACGGCCCUGGCAGCUCGUCGUCCAUAUUUGGCUCACAGUCGAGCAACUCUUCGGCCACAGCAUCUGGUGCAAACGAUCCGAAUCAGACAACACGCGAAACUGGCAUCAUUGAGAAGCUACUGCACUCUUAUGGCUUUAUACAGUGCUGCGAGCGGCAAGCGCGUCUUUUCUUUCAUUUCUCGCAGUUCAGUGGCAAUAUUGAUCACUUAAAGAUUGGCGAUCCUGUGGAAUUUGAGAUGACCUAUGAUCGACGCACCGGCAAACCGAUUGCUAGCCAAGUGUCGAAGAUAGCGCCAGAGGUUGUGCUCUCCGAAGAGCGGGUCACUGGCACGGUAACUACUGAGCUGCGCACAGAUAGCGCGAACAAUGUGCUUAGCUCUAGUGAGACAACGGGACGGAUUAGCUAUGAGAAUCGCGGCGAAUGCUUCUUUUUACCCUAUACCAAAGACGAUGUUGAGGGCAAUGUCAAUUUGCGUGCUGGCGAUAAAGUCAGCUUUCAGAUCGCUACGAACCAAAGAGGCAACUUGGGCGCCUGUCACAUACGCCUGGAGAAUCCGGCACAGCCUGUCAAGUAUCGCGGCGUUGUCUGCUCAAUGAAGGAAUCUUUUGGUUUUAUUGAACGCGCCGAUGUGGUCAAAGAGAUCUUCUUUCACUUCUCCGAGGCUGAGGGCAAUGUGGAGCUGCGUCCCGGCGAUGAUGUCGAGUUUACCAUACAAACGCGGAGUCAGUCUGCCACUGUGCCACCGCAGGGCCGUGAGUUUGCCUGCAAUAUAACUCGGUUGCCGCCCGGCUCUGUCAUCUUCGAGGAUGUCGAUAGCACCAUCUACAAGGGUCAGGUGCUCAAAUCGCUGGAUCGCAAUAAUGCGGUACGUCAGAAUAAUGAUCCGUUGCCAGGACGCAUACGUUAUCGUGCACCUGAUUACUCGGAAGUGGAGGUGCCAUUUGGCGAUAAGGAUCAGAAGGGCGAUUUCACUUUGCGCCAUGGCGAUUGGGUGCAAUUUCUAUUGGCCACUGAUAGGCGAGAUCAGUUACAGCGUGCCACCUCCAUUGCGCUGCUAGACGAGACGUUCAAAGUGUCCGGCGAGAAGCGGGAACAAGGCACCAUUGCCUCAUUGAAAGAGGGUUUUGGUUUCUUGCGCUGCGUGGAUCGUCAAGUGCGUUUAUUUUUCCACUUUACAGAGGUGCUCGACACGAGCCGUGAAAUUGAUGUCAAUGAUGAGGUGGAAUUUACUGUCAUUCAAGAGCCCGGUCUGGCCUACAAUAAUUCCCGUCUGCAGGCCAUACGCAUUAAACAUUUGCCGCCCAAUUCUGUGCAAUUCGAAACCCUAAUGGCCAGCAAUAUUGAGGGCACCGUGACACGCGAGGCGCCGAAAAGUCCCAUUAAAUCUCAGGAUCGCUUCGAGGGUGGUGUCAUCACCUAUGAACACAGCGAUGUUAAAAAGACUAUUAUGUAUUUUCUCAAAGACUGCGAAAAACCACCAAGAGUUGGCGAGCGUGUGCGCUUCGAUAUUUACAUGGUCAAACGUAACAAGGAAUUUAUAGCAGUCAAUGUGCAGCAGGUAUCGCUGCAACAGCAACAACAACAGCAGCAACAACUUUUGAAUCAGCAAACUGCAGCAGCACAACAGCAACCCGCUGCCAAUUUAAAUCAGAACGAUCAAUUGCAGCUAUCAAAUGGCAUUGGCUCGAAUACUGGUCCCAUGCAGAAUGGUUAUAUAAUGCAUGGUAGCCCUGGUGGCGGCAGCAGUAGCAACAGCAGCGUGGGCAGCAAUGCAACCACUCAACAAAUUAGCACACCACAAAUUGAGGACUUUAAGCUAGAAAAUAAUAAUCAUGCCAAUGCGGAGGCAGCAACCGGGCAGUUGUAUCGUGGCUUCAUAGCAGUGAUUAAGGAGAAUUUUGGAUUUAUCGAGACGUUGUCGCAUGACGAGGAGGUUUUCUUUCACUUUAGCAACUAUCAAGGCAAUCCAAAUUGGCUGGAACUGGGUCAGGAGGUGGAGUAUACACUGGCGCCCAAUGGCAACACCUCUGUAUCGGGCAAUUGCCUGCCCGCCGAGAAUGUGCGUACAUUGCCCAAGAACUCGAUACCACAGCCAGCGGUACUGGAGACCGUACACAAUGGUGUGGUGGCGCGUCCAUUGCGUUGCAUCAAUCCGGAUCAGCAGGAAUAUGCAGGCUUGAUCGAGAUACUCGAUGAGCAACGCACCACUAUCAUAUCGCAGCAUGAAUUUGGCAUAACCAGCUUGGUGAACAAACGUGAUCUGUUGCAGAAGGGUGAUUUGGUUAGCUUUCGCAUCGAUGAGAGUGGUAGGGCGGCAGAGGUGAACGCAGUGCGACAAAAGAAACGUGCCACAGUUGACUCGAUCAAAGGACAAUUUGGUUUUCUCAAUUUCGAGGUUGAAGAUGGCAAGAAACUAUUCUUUCACAUGUCUGAGGUGCAGGGCAGUACAGUGGCUUUACAUCCAGGCGACACAGUUGAGUUCUCAGUGGUUACCAAUCAGCGCAAUGGAAAAUCUUCGGCUUGCAAUGUUUUGAAAAUAAACGAUCGUCCAGAUCGUCUGAUCUCGCGCCUUAAGCUCAAUGGCGAUGAUGGUGUGCCACGUUUGAUACUAAUACGCGCACCUAAGGGACCGCAGGGCAAGGGCUUUUCUAUACUUGCGCGUCAUCCACGCAUUCCAGGCGCUUUGGUGGAGUAAUUCCAAAAAUCAGAUAAUUGAUGCAAAUUUAAAGACAAUGCAUACAUACACACCCAUAUACAACUAUAUAUACUUAUAUCUAUAUAUAUAUAUAUAUUUAUAUAUUCUUGUACGCUAAACAACACAAGGAUUAACCGUUCCCUAACUGCAACAGAUGUGCACAGGAUGGACUGCAAUUAAUAAAUAAAUAAAUAAAAAACAAUUAUGCAAACUACAACAGACAACUACAUUGUGAAACAUAUUAUGAACAACCAUACAAUUUAUUAAGUACAUUAACUUAGAUGCAAAACACUAUUUGAAACGAUAAUAAUAAUUGAUAACAAAGCAUAUGGCAUACACAACACAAUACAUAUAUGUAUAAUUAUGAAGAAUACUAAACGGCAACUCCAAAAACAAUUUCUACGUGUCUGAUAUAUAUAUAUAAAUAUUAAAACAAAAAAGCAAAUAAGAAAAUAUAAAAAAAAAUCUAACUAAACGAAAUUUUACGUAAACUUACGCAUUAACCAUUAAACCAGGGCCCUAAAAUCCUAAUUGUAAUAAAAAUGCAGUCUGUAUUUUCUGUUAUACUGAAGUUGUGCGCUGCUUAAAACUGAAAUUCAAGUGUCUGAGAGAUGAAACCAAAUUGUGUGUAUGCGUAUACUAUUUUUCAACUAGUUUUGCUUUAAUUUAAUUUUAGCAUAUGUAAACAAAAUGAAAUCUUUAACAAAUCAUAUUAAGAGAUAAAAGAAAAUAAGAAACAACAGCAAACAAACAAGAAAACAAUUAUUGUAUAAUGGCAACGAAAUCCUUGCAUAUGUGCAUUAGACAAACAAGUAACAAAACACUAUAUGCCAUAGAAGCGUAGAUAGUUUUUUUUUUCUCUCUAAUUAUAUAUGCUCUAUAUUCUCUUAAAACUAUUCUAAUUAUUCUCGCAAACUGUUCUUUCACAGCUUCAUUGAAGUCUUACUGU